AUGUCUUCGAGUCACCAGGGCCCCAACGCCCUCAGCCGGCCCAGGUCGAGAGAUUCACACGCCACCCUGGGCCAGUUCUCCUUCACGCCGGCCACCAGGACCACGGUCGUCACCACCACAUACACCACCACCACCACGCUCGCUCCCAUGCGUAUCAACGCCAAGAGCCUGUCGGAGCGAGACCCCAAAGAAUACCCACUGGCACAGGUCAGAGCACCGGACUCGAUACGGAAGAUCUACUUUGACGCUGGCGGCGAACUCGGAUGUUUUGAGGAGGCGGACGACGCGUCCAAGAAAGCACAAGAGCACACUCUUCUCCAAGAAAACCUGCGAGCCUCGAAUGGCAAGAUGCGCAGGAUCGACACCUUCAAAGGUCCCCCGACGUUCGCCUCCCCAAGCCGCACGACGCGUCUCAGCACGAACCCUCAGCCUCCAGCGCUACGAUCAGCAUCCGGCCGCCGGAAACGAGACAUGACAGACGAUUCCCCUCCCCCUCCAUCGAUACGAGAGGCGGCCGAGAUGGCCAGCCUACAACGACGCAGCAAGAAACCGCGAGUAGCAGCACGAGACGAAGGCACUGCGCGCAUGGGUAUCACCCCUGAUGACAUGGAAGACCUCGUUCCAGCCACGCCUGAGACAGAGCUGGAAGGAUCACGAGCUGCGAAGACACUAGAUGCACUGAGGCAGCUGCGAGAGUCGACCGCCGGCCCUUCGCACACCGAUGCCACCUCGUUCGACAGCCAAGAGCCUUCGCAGCCACAAUCCUUCUCCACAGGCGUAAUCGACGGUCCGGGUGCAGCGGCAACGCCUCCAAUCGCGGAAUCUGAUAUGGAGCCAAACUUCCCCAUGGCACGGCCCCCACCUAUGCAUCUGGAUAUCGCAGCUGCACAGGAUGCGAGCCUACCCAGUCCGAGUUUGUCACCCACCACGUAUGCUGCCAACGCUCAACAGAGUCUCGCUGGAGCGUCGUCACUAGGCAUGGCUGCCGACUACGAAUCGAACGAUGUCUCUUCGCUGGACCUUUCGCAAACGCAGCGCGCAGAGGGAAUGAGAGACACGAGCCCCAACCCUCAGCUACUGACACCAACCGUCACAGGCAUUCCGAGCAUGCUAGAUACGUUCGACGCGCUCCCCGAAGAGAUGAAAGAUUACGUCAUGUACCAAAUGCUGCGUCGAUGCAAAAAGUCCACACUUCACUUCGUUGCUGACGUGGUCAACCCAGCUCUGAAGCGCGACUUCAUUGCUUCGCUGCCCACCGAACUUGGGCUUGAGAUCAUAGGUUACCUGGAUGUCAAGAGCAUGUGCAGUGCGGCGCAGGUCUCGAAACACUGGCGGAAGCUCAUCGACACUCACGAGACAGCCUGGAAGGACCUCCUGGAGAAGGAUGGCUUUGUUUUGCCAUCAGGAGAGCUGGAGCGCGCAGUCCAGGAAGGAUGGGGAUGGCAAUUCUCAGAGUCCCCCGAGAGUUACGAACGCGACUUGCGAGGGAUGUCUGUUGCCUCUCGAUCAGACAACGAACACGCCACUGGUUCUGGAUCUAGCACGACCGCUGACCACGAAGGUGCCAUUACCCGAUCCUCGUCUACACGCCAGAAGAGGAAAGCCAUCGGCAGGCAUGGUAGUUCAAAGAAACAGCGCAAGAAGGGCUUGACGUCAACCAAGAUGCCAUUCAUGUCCUGCAUGUUACCCAACGAGCUGCGCGAUGGGCCCAACGCCUUCGCCAAACGGGCACAGGCCGCGAUCCCCGAUCCCAACUUUGGAAUCCCAGGUCUACGCAACAUGCACCUCUACAAGUCUCUAUAUCAGCGACACCACCUCAUUCGCCGGAGCUGGAUGGCCGACGAUACCAAGCCAAGGCACAUUGCAUUCCGCGCACACCAGCGUCACGUUGUAACCUGUCUCCAGUUCGACACCGACAAGAUCUUGACCGGUAGCGACGAUACUAACAUCAACGUCUACGAUACCAAGACUGGGGCCCUGCGCAGUCGCCUCGAGGGACACGAGGGUGGUGUCUGGGCCCUCCAGUACGAAGGGAACACCCUGGUGUCAGGCUCUACAGAUCGUUCGGUGCGAGUCUGGGAUAUUGAGAAGGGAAAGUGCACACAAGUCUUCCAGGGCCACACCUCAACGGUUCGUUGCCUUGUUAUAUUGAAGCCGACCAAAGUCGGCGAAACCCUGGAUGGACGGCCGAUCAUGAUGCCCAAGGAAGAGAUGAUCAUCACAGGUUCCCGAGAUUCCACGCUCCGGGUGUGGAAGCUUCCGAAGCCGGGCGAUCGAAGUAUCAUGCAGACUGGAUCGUCUGCAGCCAACGAUCUCGACAACCCCUACUUCGUUCGCGCUCUGACCGGCCACCAUCACUCCGUUCGUGCGAUAGCAGCUCACGGCGACACCCUCGUUAGUGGCAGUUACGACUGCAGUGUUCGCGUGUGGAAAGUGUCAACGGGCGAGACCGUCCAGCGCUUGCAGGGCCAUGCGCAGAAGGUCUACAGCGUGGUUCUAGACCACGAUCGCAAUCGCUGCAUCAGUGGUUCGAUGGAUAACAUGGUCAAGGUCUGGUCUCUUGAGACUGGCCAGUGUAUCUUCACGCUAGAGGGACAUACUUCACUCGUCGGCCUCUUGGAUCUCAGUCAUGAACGUCUUGUAUCGGCCGCGGCGGACAGCACUUUACGCAUCUGGGAUCCUGAGAAUGGACAGUGUAAGAGCAGGCUGUGUGCGCACACAGGAGCCAUUACCUGCUUCCAGCAUGACGGGCAAAAGGUCAUUUCGGGCUCAGAUCGCACCCUCAAGAUGUGGAAUGUCAAGACCGGCGAGUUUGUCAAGGACCUCUUGACGGACCUCAGCGGUGUCUGGCAGGUCAAGUUCAACGAACGUCGAUGCGUCGCAGCCGUGCAGCGGAACAGCCUGACGUAUAUCGAGGUCUUAGACUUCGGUGCCUCACGAGACGGCGUCACUCUCGACCAACGAGGGCGCAGAAUUGUAGUCAACCGGAAUGGCCAGGAAGUCGAGGACAUUUCAGAUACUGAUAUGGUCGAUGCAAUCGAUCAACCCUAG